AUGAACAAAAUACAAAAAAGUGAUAUGAUAUUGAAGUCAUCCUUAUAUAAUCUUCAUCUUCAACAAUAUUUAUCAACUUUUCAACAACAUAAUAUUGACUUUGAGAAAUUCUUGGGUUUAAAUGAACAAACGUUAAAGUCCAUUGGCAUUAUAAACGAAUCACAUCGAGCAGUUCUAAUAACAUGCAUGAAAUACUUUCGAAAACUUUUUACUACAACGGAAUGGGAAAAUGUAGAGGAUUGUCACGAUGAGCACUUAUUCCGAAAUUAUACAGAUCACAUUUUAACAAUUACGGAAGAAUUUAACACUGAUCAACACGUGAUUAGUUCACAUGUGGAGGAUGACGUAGUUACAUCCGCCCCGGAAGGCAAACGAAGUAAUGAAUUGCCCUCAUAUUUUGAUGUGGCUAAGCAUAAACAAGAAGCAAAUAACAUCAUGACAUGUGAAGAAGAAGACCAUGAAAAUUUGCCCACUUAUUCAUGUAGUGUUUUUAAAGCUGGUUACGUCAUUAAAAAGGAUGAAAUGGCAGCACAUGGAGUCAAGGCAAAAAAUAGAACAUGGAA